AUGAUGGGGCAUGAGCGCCGCAUGAUCAGCCAAGAGAGGGUCCUCGCCAACCAGCUGCGGCAGGAGGUUGUGGCAGAGCACAGCCUUUACCUCGCGCAGGACCUUGACAGAGCGAAGGACGAGCUGCAAAGCACCGGCAGCAGCGGGAGCACAGUGACUCAGAUGUGGCCAGAGGCAUGCUUUGAAGUUGACGGAUGGGGAGAUGGCCCCGUCGUGCGCUUCCUGGAUGCACAGGUGAGGCAUGAGAGAGGAUCAGACGGCACGAUCUUCUACAAGGAGCCGGUGACACUGCAGGCCCCAAGUCAACUCUCCCAGAAGACCAGUGGGCCGGUAAAGAAGCCAGAGCGGCAGCACGACCGAAUGUUCCAGAAAAGUGAACUCGGUGAAGUCGGCAGCGCCGGCAGCGCAGUCAGUUCAGAGGAAACUCUGCAACCCGAUCUCCGACCAGCAGUGGCACCAGCAACCGCACCAGCAUCCGCGCCAGCAUCCGCACCAGCUACGCCGGUAUUCGGAGUGGGCUCGCGGCCUCGCUCGCGGCCUCGCCGUCCAGCAGGGGCGAGUUGCAUUGCACCUUCACAGGAAAUGCAGGAAAGCGAUUGCGAAAAUUGCGAAGGUUUCCAAAAUGUCAGAGUUUCAGGCGAAAGCCCAGGGACUCCGAGGUGCAAAGGGUGGUACUUGGAUGGCGAUGGACAGAAAUCCAUGGGUCUUGGAACGAAUGCGAAGCCAGGCAUGCCAGCCAGCCUUGGCAGGCGCAAUCGCGAGGUUGCGAUGAGUUUUGAGCUUCCUUUCCAGUCAGCCCCAUCAAAGUCAUUUGCGUCUUCUCCACGGCAAGGGCAGAAGCCACCGAGAAAGCAGCCGGCACGUUAUGCGCAGCAAGCCCCAAAAUCUGUCCGAGCGGUGGAACGGGCAUUGCGGGCACAACUGAGAUAUCUGCUGCGAUGGUGUCUUGCUGCAUGGCAGAAGGAGACGCUGCAGAAUUCGCCCAUACCGGCCGAAUCUUUCGACCGAUUCGACUGCGACCGCAUGGAUGAGACCGCGGACAAAGUUCUGGAGCACUGGCACACGCGGCGCGAGUGUCAGUUCGCUCGGCCCGAGCUGUCAUACAGGCUUUUGACCGACCAACUCCAAGGCGAAUGCGAAAAACUGGCGGCUGAACUGGCAACGGCACACGCCGAGGUCGCAGAUGCAAGGCUGGCUGAGGCCGAGACUGCGCAGGCCGAGAUGGCCGUUCUCCGCGCUGUUCGAGCGGAGGUCGUCUCUGAAAGACAGGCGGAGCGAGCGACGUACCGAGAGGAGUCAGCACAAUUUUCUAAUGCAAGCAGCGAGCUUGCCGAACUCAAGGCCGCAGUCGAACAACUUGAGCUUGAGAGGUUUCAAAACCAACGUAGCCAGCCUGAAGUUUCUUCGAUGUUAGAGGAGCUGGAGGCUUCAGAAAUGCAAUCUGCCCAGCGUCGGCAAGAGAGCAAUCAGUGGGCAGAGCACUGCAGCGCUCUUUCGGAUGAGCUGCACGUUCAAAGCAUUAUCUGCCGACGUCUCGAGCUGGAUAAGAGACAUCUCAGUGAGGAGAACCUCGAAGAUGCACAGCGUGAGAAGGAGCGUUUUGAGCUCCUGGAGCAUGCGGAGAUGCAGGAGAUGCAGCAGCUCCGGCAUGAAGUUGAGCAGCUGAAGCGACACGAAGAGGGCCAUUGCCAGGAGCUGUCACACAUGCACCAUGCCCUGGCAGAAGCCAGAUUGGAAUGCAGUCUGGUGGAGUCUCGCGCGGAGCUUCAGUCGCAGCUGAAUGACGCUCCCUCCAUGAAGGCAGCCCAUGACAGGCCAACGGAAUUUGCAAAGCAGGGACCGCUGCAUCGUCUUCGCUGGUGGGUCGGGCGGAUGUCUGAUAACUGGCUGUUUGCCGACAGGCUUCGAUUGGCUCGUGCCUGCUUCAGUGCGUGGCGGCAACCCUUGCUGCAGUUCAAGGGACUUGAAGCAGACAGCAAAAGCAGUACAAGGUCACAGGAGAGCUCGCGGCUCGACGCUCAGAGCAAUGGCGCGGUCGGACUCCCACCUCGCCCACGCCCGCCGCGACCUGGCCUCGACUACGCCGUGAGUGCCGCCGACGAAGCGCUCAGAAGAGCCGAGGCUCGCUGUGAGAUGUCCAAGCUCAGGAGUCAGGCUCUGGAGGCGGAUCUGGAGGCGGAUCUGGAGGCAGCUCUGGUAGAUGCCCAGGACGAAGAGGAUGAGGCCCGGCUCGGGCUACGCGACGAGGACCGCUCGAGAAGACAGCUGUGGAGCAGUGGGGCCAGCGAGGCCUCCGCAGCGGUGGAUUUGCUGCAGACCAUCCACAUCAGGCAGCUGUCUCAUUUGGCACGCUCAGGUUUGCAAUUUCUGAUGAGGGCAGCCUUCGUAGGCUGGCAUGAUCAGCAAAGAGCCUUCGAGACGCACAGCAGAGAGCGCCUGCUGCAGGCGUGGAGUGCUCGUCGAGGACGUAACCUUUCGUCCAGGCUGGCGCUGCUUUGCUGCAGAACGCUCUUCGGGCUGUGGCGGCAACUUACUGUCACAUCUCGCGGAAGGCUUCAUCGCUUGAACGUGUGCUUCGGACAGGCGCGCUCAGAGUGGCCCGGCUUCGUGCGGCGGUCUCUACGUCGAACUCAAGGCGCACUGCGAUUGCUCGAACGUGUGUGGCUGCUUCGUUUUGUGCUAUCUCUCUGGUCUACCGUGAUAGCCUGUGCAAAGGACUAG